AGGGGAAGUAACUGUUACCGGCGGGAAGUUAAAAUGUUCUGAAAAUUAAAGCCCAGCGUGUGAGUUUUCAAAUUCAAUUGUAGAAAAGAUUUCUUAAAUUUAUGAAAGAUCUCAUCAAAGAUGGGGGUAGCCACUGAUGAACCCUCAAAGAAACGCCAGAGACUCUCGUUGAAAUCCAGCAGAAAUAAAACAGCAAUCAAAGAUAGCAAUCAAGAUGCCAACAACAAUGCCAACCAAUUUCCUAAGAAUAGUGCCAGUUCCUCGUCUACUGACACAAGUAUAAGCAGCUGCGCAACUGAAACCAAUACCAGUUCCUGCUCUGGUUCUCUGUCUACCACUUGCGCUGAGUCUGGCUCCACCACCAGUUCUGGCUUCACAGGAUCCAAUACUUCAGUAAAUGAGACUGGUUCCUCAAGUCAGUCAGGGACAUCCUGUCAUGAGAGUAGCUCUUUAGCGACCUGUCAUUCAGCAGCAAGUUCAAGUGCAGUUGGGUCGAGCAGCUCUGCAUCAGAGACUUCCACCUCUGACGUGACUGGUUCCUCCUCAGGUGCAAGUGAGAACAGGGUACCAGCUGUGGCGUCAUUGGAGAACUUAGGUAACACCUGUUUCAUGAACAGUGUGAUGCAGGUGCUCCGGUUCACCCCUGGUUUCCUUGACAACCUGGCUGUUCUAUACCAGGACGUUGUAGCCUCUGAAAAAAUCAUCAAGAAAAAUAGAGGCAAUGAGGAGAAUGAAGAUGCAUGUGUUGAUGAUAAAACCACAAAGCUCUGCUGGACACUUGUGAAAAAUAUUUACAGGAUGUACCGUGACCAGUCUGCCUUGGAGGACAAGUAUGAGGAGGUGGCUUCCGACGAUGUCAUGUCCAUGGCAGUGAGGCCAGUCAAGGUGCUGUCAAUUAUCAGAGAACUGAAUCCGAUGUAUGAGGGAUACAUGCAGCAUGAUGCACAGGAAUUCCUGAGAUGUAUUCAGUGCUAUCUUCAAGAUGCUGAGAAAGAAGUCCAAAAGUUUUAUUCGCUGCUGCCCAGCAAGUUUUCUCCAAAUAUACAUGCAAACCCUGUGAUGCAAAGGUUUUUAGAUCUAGCAAGAGACAUAGACAGAAGAAAGGCUUUAACAAAGCCAGAAGAUACAAGUGUUGAUCACAAAGACUGCUUAAGUAAUGGCCUUGAAGUGGACAAAGUGAAAGUGAAUUUGUUUGUUAAGCCUGAGAAAGAAAUCAAAGCUGUGAAAUCUCCGACCAAGGCCAUACAGAUGCCACAUGAGGCAGACACUGCUGGGAUAAUUGAUGAAGUGGUAGGUGAAAUGAGCCUUCCAAGUGCAAGCUUAGAACCACAUGCCCAGAAUGGUGUAGAUAUGAAACAAGGCAUUGAGAUUGGUAAUACUGACAAAGAUAGUCAAGAAAAUAAUCUUGGUCCUGUAGCUAAUAAGCAAAAAACCAAGGAAGCAAGAAAAAGCAGAAGAGCAAAACCAUAUGAUAUAACAGCAAGCAAUAAGAGAGAUAGAGAAAAGUCACAAAAUGGUGUGACAAAAAAAGAAGAUAGAUGUACAGCAGAUGUGGAUAAAUUGAGUCACCCUGCAGAAGAUUUUUCAGUCAGGACCUACGCAAAAAGGCGAUUAGGAAUGAGGGGAGCUGUUGUCAAGAAGACCUCAGAUGAUCUCUUUGAAGAAAUGAAGGAAUUGGAACAAGCAGUUAUCAGUGAAGAAAAAAAGUGUGCAAAGAUUGCACUUGAAUCUGAGAAACGUGUAAAAGAAGCUGUUGAAAAUUCUUUUGAUUCUAAUAAAGAUACUUUUAAAACUGAAAAUGGUGAUCAAAGGUCAUUCCAAGAUGCCUUUUCUGUGUUUCUAAAUACUUUAGCUCCCAAAGAUAACUCGCAGUCUGACUCGGAUGAUGAAGAUAUUGUUAUGCAGAAAAAGAAAGAGAAACUUAUACGUAGUUCGCCAAGACGGUCACCGAGAAAAACAAAGUCAGACUUUGUCAGAGGCUGUGAUAAGCUCCCUUUGUCAAAACUUGCCCUUUCAUCCAAGUCUCAUGCCAUGGUUCAGUCAGCAAAGUUUAAAUUGGACUUUUCCAUAAAUUCCACCUGUAAACUUGGUAAUAAACAUGAAAAUUCGGUAAAUGUUAGUCACAAUGCAUCAUGUGCUGAAGGUUAUUGCCACGGUGAUUUAAAUGAUGACAACAGAACUACAGAAAAGGAUGUUCACAUUAAACAAGAAACUGAAACAGAGUAUGUGAACUCUAAGGACACAGAGAAAACAUAUCCUACAGAAGUGAAGGAUUGUAUCCUUAAAUCUGACCCUAAACCUGACCAUUUUGUUCCUCAUAUUACACUUAAUCCCAUUGUGAAACUUGAAAAUUGUGAUCAUGUUUUGACUGGCAGUGGCAAGUCAGUCAGUGCUGCAUAUGCAGACAGCCAAAUGAGUCCCAUGAAAAGUGGCAAUCGUAAGGAUUCCAAUAACUAUUUAAAGCUUCGAUCCGAUUCCAUGAUGGAGAAUAUUAACAAUGAUGAGGAUUUGAAAAGAGCCAUCACUGAAAUGCUCAACUCUCCAGUGAAAAGCAGGUCAAAAUUUGACAUGGUGGAGAGGAAUUUUCAGGGAACAAUGAUGCUGCGCACACAGUGUCUUGUGUGUGAGACAUCUUGGGAGAGAAAUGAAGAUUUCCAUGAUAUCAGUGUGCCUGUCCGUAUUGAAACCUUGGAUACAGACUCUGAUGGUGGUCAGGAAGCUAUGCCGCCCACCCACAGCCUUCUUGACCUUAUAGAGGCGUCGACGGAGGUGGAGAAGUUACAGCAGGACAACAAAUACCGCUGUGAGAAGUGCAACACGUACACAGAGGCUGAGCGCUCCAUUCACUAUGAUGUGCUGCCCAACAUUCUGUCUCUCCAUUUGAAGAGGUUCUCAUCAGAGGCAAAAAGGCCUGGUUCCCUGUUCAAGAUCAAUGACAGUAUCAACAUACCAUUGGUUCUACCCUGUCUUCGCUAUAAGUGCUCAACUGCCUGUCUUCGACCAGAUCACACAUACAAACUCUAUGGAAUUGUGACACAUUCAGGAGCCAGCUUAACAUCCGGCCAUUACCUGUCGUACGUUCGAGCCCUUCCAUCAAAAACGAAAACAUCUAAGAACAAUUGCGAGUCGGUGAAAGUGAUACAUGGCAAUAUCAUUACCGUGAUGGACAAGCCUGAUACCAGUGUUUGUUUGAAAGGAGCUAUGACAAGAAAGAAGGCUGGUGUAACUACCAAACUGCCCGCAAGAUUUACUGAUAAUGUUGUCACAAAUACUAAAGUGAAGGCAUUUGAAAACAUAGUACCCAAAAAGACAAAAAUAAAUGUAGAAGAAACUCUUGUUCCAACGCCAGCAUUCAGUUCAGAGUGGUUUGAAUGUGAUGAUGAGACGAUACGAGUGUUUGAUAGUCAGGAGUUUGAGGAAUUGCUGUCUGGAAACUCAGGCGCCCUUCUUGGGACGCCUUAUAUUUUGUUCUACCACAAGGCAACCCUAUGUUGAUCAUAGUUUUUUUGUUUUUCUUAACAUUAUAUACAUAAUCGAGGGUUAGUAUGCACACAUUUCAGUUAGACUCUUGUAUAAACGAAGUCAUUGCUGUCUAGGAGAUUUAAGUCUCCUACAGGUUUCACUGAUUGGGACUCUGAUGUUUAGAUAUAUAGAUACAAUAUACUGAAGAGCUGAGUUUUCAUAAAAUUUAACAAAUACAUAUGUUAUGGAUUUUUGUAACUUACUCAUGAAUGUAUACAAAUUUUACUUUUAUGUAAAAAAUCGAUACAUUUCUAGUCUUGAUUAAAAAUUUGUUUAUUAAUUGUGUUCAAAAUGAUUUCUUACUUAACCAUGUAUACAUGUGAAGUAUAAAUUUAUAUACAUUGUAUUCCAAUUAUUAAUAUGGUUUGAAAUAGUUUCGAAAAUGGAAUAAAAGAAAUUCAAUUAUAUUUUAAUUGACUAUCAAAGGUUAAUUAUUGCAAAUUGUAUGUUUUGUUUGUAUGUGGUACCUAGUAAAUUUGUUUUAUUGAAACAAACUUGUUCAAAUUUGUCAAAGAAUCAAUAAAGACAAUGUUCAAAUGGGCCUAUUAAUCAAAACUGAAGGUGUUCAAAUAUUGGCCGUGGCCACUACUUUGGUCAAUUAAAGACAAUUUUCAAUGAAGCACAUUAGUGAUGGUAAUUGUUGGUGCAUAUAUUUGUUUAUGAAACUAUUAUAUGUGUCUCGAUGUCUCUUUAUACUGAAAAUGUAGCAAGAUGGCUUAUUUUGAAAUUCUUUUUAUUUGUUGUUUGUUCAUCUAUGUUACUAACACAAUAAAAAAUAACUGUAUA